AAACAGAAAACUGGUACUUAGGAACACCCGUCCUUUGUCCUCAGCAAUUAACGAAUGGUACCCAUGAGAUUCCCCCUCUUACCGCACCUGCUAAGCUAAAGCUAUAACCAGUCAAUAAUCUGCUUAUACUUGUUAGUUGUUAUCCUCUUCUUAUCCUAAACAAAAAUUUAUCCAGUGCUCCUUCUUUCUCGGCAUUUUAUCCAUUACUAAUAUAGUAUUCAUUCUCUUUCCUUUUUAUCUUCUUCAAGGGACAGACACUAACAGUAUCUUCAAUACCACAACAAAUUCCUUAUCAAAUCAAGAUUACCCGUAUUUUCCAGAAACCCAUUCUCCACCUUUCAUGUCCUUUUCAAUCUUAUCAAUAUAUCUUGGUCCCAACUUAUGUCCUUCUCCAUAAAAUCUCCCUUGCCUUUUUUGUUUUUUUCCUUUGACCUUUCUGGGUCCUAUGAGUAAUCGAUUUUACCCUUGUAUUUCGUGAAACUUUGUUGGUUAAAAUAGCUAUGGUGUUAGUUGAGUCAUUUAUGGAGAUUCUUGAAAGACCCACAAUAGGUGCAGUAUUUGUAGAAAUUAUGACGUUUCUUGGUCCAGUUUGGAUUGCUUUUCUUUUGGGUAUUAUUGUAGGAUGGAUUUGGAAACCAAAAUGGGCUAGCUGGAAGAAUUGUAAAUUUGAAUUUUCAGCACCUUCUUCACCCACUGCUUUGGUUCCUAAUUCUCCUUCCAAAAGCUUGGAAUUAAACCAACCCCAGAGUUUUCAUUCAUCUAAGGCUCGUACCCCUAGCUUUGCUUCUUAUGCGGAUUGCUCUGAGAUUGAACAGUUUGACAGUGGGCCAUCGCAGAUGAAUGCUUUACCAAUAACAGAUGAAGAUUUGGAACAUUUGUGGCAUCUUGUAGAGAGGAAAGAUGGAGGCCCUCCGUGGAAACACAUGAUGGAUCGUUCUACCCCUAAUAUGAGCUAUCAAGCGUGGCAACGUGAUCGAGAGACUGGUCCUCCUCAAUAUUGCAGCCGAACUGUGUAUGAGGACGCAACACCUGAAUUAUUGAGGGACUUCUUUUGGGAUGAUGAGUUUCGAGUGAAGUGGGACGACAUGCUUGUGCAUGCUGAAACGAUAGAAGAGUGCCCCACAACAGGAACAAUGAUAGUGCAUUGGGUUCGAAAGUUCCCAUUUUUCUGCAGUGACAGAGAAUAUAUAUUUGGUCGUCGAAUAUGGGAGUCAGGAAGGUCGUAUUAUUGUGUAACAAAGGGAGUACCAUGUCCGUCUAUUCCCAGGAAGGAUAAACCAAGACGUGUUGACCUGUAUUAUUCAAGUUGGUUCAUUCAAGCGGUGGAAUCAAGGAAAGGAAAUGGCCAGCUGACUGCAUGCGAGGUGCUUCUCUUCCAUCACGAAGAUAUGGGCAUCCCAUGGGAACUCGCAAAAUUUGGGGUAAGGCAGGGUAUGUGGGGGACUGUAAGGAAGAUUGAGCGUGGACUCCGUUCCUACCAGAAAUUUAGAGCAUCUAACGUGAAGAUCUCUCACUGUGCUUUUAUGGCACAAGUUAAUACGAAAAUUGAUCCAGAAUACUUGAAGUCAACGGAUGGGGAUGGGGAAUCAUCAGGGACUGAAGUACAGGUUUCACCUGCAAAACUCGAGGGCAGUAUAAAUAUACCAAAGCUGCUUAUCAUUGGUGGAGCUUUGGCUUUUGCUUGUACCCUUGACCGAGGAAUCAUACCCAAGGCACUUUUGAUUAAUGUGGCGAAAAAGUUUGGAAAUAUAGGAAGAAGAGCAAGUCCAAGAGCAUGACUGAUAAUUUCGUUUGUAUGAUGUUUUUGUUGUACAUAACCUAUUUUUUUUUCCCCUUUUAGCACGGUGUUAGUGAUCGAUACAAUCGAUAAUUGUUACGAGUAAUACAGGCAGAGUAAUAUUGAUCAAUACAAGUGAGGCACAGAUGUUAUCAUCUGUUUUACUCUA